GUGCUGUGGCUUAAAAAGUUCAAGUCAUUAUUCUCCUCCUGCUCCUAUUCAGACGAGAUCCCGUUGGCUCAUUGUUAUUCUGCCCGAGUGACAGAAGAGAGAGCCAGAGAGAGGCAGACACAGAAUGGGAGGCUGACUGUGGUUUCCAACGGCAGGGAGCUGGUUGUACUGGGCGGGGGUUAGUCGGUGGUGUUUCUGGACAGUUUUUGUUUUUUGCGGGCGUGAAGGCAUGUCGGUAAUCGGCUCAGUAAUGAGGAGAGGUACUGAACGGCACCAGAUAUCUGACCCCGAUUCCUGGGAGUAAAAGAGAGGCAGAGAGAGAAAGUGUGUGUGUGAGAGAGGGGGGAGAGGAGAGGCCAUGUAAAAAAAGGGGUGGAGGGGAGUUGAGAUUUAGUGCCCUGCUGGAUGAAACAACCCCCCACUAACUAACGGAGAGGGAAAGUAGCCUAAUAAGAAGAAAAGAGUGGGUGUUGUACUGUUCAUUUAACACUCAAAGACACGCAGGAAGCCUUUAUCGUUUCCCACAAUGAGAUCUGAAAAGAUAGUAGUAGAGAGAGACAGUAAAGGCAGGGGAGAGAGAGGGGAUGACAUACAUCAAAGGGCCCGGGCCGGACUCAAACCCGGGCCGCUGCGGUAAGGACUCAGCCUUGAUACACAGUACGCACUCUACCAGGUGAUUGCUGUCUGCUGUAAAGCUUAAGGCCCUGAACAACAGGAGGACAAGACAAUACAAACGUACAUAGUGGCAGGACGUAACCAAGAGAAGGAACAUGUCUCGGACAGAAGAGGUCAACAAGAUGACAGAAAAUGUCUACAAGGGGAUUCUGGACCAGUUCAACCCCAGUCUGAAGAACUUUGUCACCAUGGGGAAACACUAUGAGAAAGCCCUGACAGGGGUAACUGUGGCAGCCAAAGGGUAUUUCGAUGCUCUGGUGAAACUCGGAGAACUGGCGAGCGACAGCCAAGGCUCCAAAGAGCUGGGAGACACGCUGUUUCAGAUGGCCGAGGUCCACAGACAGAUUCAGGUGCAGCUGGAAGAUGUGUUGAAGCUGUUUCACUCUGAGCUGCUCGCCCAGUUGGAGCAGAAGCUGGAACUGGAUAUUAAAUACCUCACAGCCACUCUAAAGAAGUAUCAGAGUGAGCGGAGGUCUAAAUCGGAGUCUAUCGAGCGCUGCCAGUCCCAGCUGAAGAAACUCCGCAGGAAGAGCCAGGGCAGUCGUCACCCAAACAAAUAUGGAGACAGAGAGAUGCAGUUUGUGGAGUUGAUGAGUCGUCGCCAAGGCGAGCUGGAUGCACUGGUUGCCACGGGUUACAAGUCCGCGCUCACCGAGGAAAGGAGACGAUAUUGCUUCCUGGUGGACAGACAGUGUUGUGUUACCAAACUGCUUAUUAACUACCACUCCAAGGUGAGAGAGCUUCUGUCGCAGAAACUGUCAUCUUGGCAGCAGUCAUGUUCUCAGCCCACAAAACUCCCAGAGCGCGCUCUAAACCUGCUGCGUCACACUGCGCCUCAAAGCUCAGGGGCUGCUGGGAUAGCCGAGGUCCUCCGCCACACCAAGCUGGGCUCUGCUCAGCCAGAACAGAGGCUCUCUGUUCAAGAAGUCCCUCCUCUGUUGAAUGGAGACUCCAGUCGCUCCCAGCAGCAACGCUCGCUCCCCUCCUCCUCCCAGAGUGAAACCUGUCCCCCUCAGGGCUCCCCCCAGACUUUCCGCUCUGUCUCCGCUGGAGGAGCUGCUGGAGGUUCAUCACGAGGAGCGUCUCCUCAGCACGCCAGCACACCCCUCAGUGCAUCAGCCAGCCCCCUCCCUGACAGCAGCGCCAGCGGCAGCACCAGCCCCGUUUCAUCCACUCCCACCACUACUGGCAGCUCGGCCCAGCAAAGCUCUCUCCUCCUGGCAACCAACACAUCCAACCUCUCCCCGUGUCUCAUCCCCUCCACGGUGAUGUCGCUCAGCCAGAUCUCCCCGGCCAGUGGCUCCUUGCAAGGCAUGACCCUCCCCAUCCCCCACAGUGCUCCUCACAGUCCUCCACUGCCCCACAGUGCUCCUCUCUCCAGGGCCAUGACUCCUGUGCAGUUACUGCACCAACAGGUGGGACCAGGAGGGAGCAACACUUCAUCACCAUCACACAAUCCCUGGGUGCUGAAGACCACUGAGAUGUGUGCAACAGCAACUCUUCCACUGCCGAGGAGACCUGUCAGUGAAAUGAGGCUGGGUGGCUUUCAGGGCUCCAGUCUCCCCAGGAUGCUACCUUUAUCUGGACCUACACGUGUGGAAGCCAUGUUCCCUCACACUCCUGGAGCGUUAGAGGGCGGCGGCAUGGGGGGCGGAGCUUGCUUACUACACUUCCAACCUGGUGACAACAUCACCCUGCUCAUCUCUGAGCCCAGAGACGGGUGGCACUACGGUCAAAAUGAACGAACUGGACGGAAAGGCUGGUUCCCUUUCUCCUACACUCAGCCACACCACAGUAAGAUGGAUCACCUCGAGAGCUCCCUCUUCUUAUCUAAGGCUAACAGCACCAGUACGGGCCAGCUCGACAAGCUAGUGUCUCCAGGUUUCCCAGCCCUCACCCCUGAAUCAGAGGAGGAGCGCUCCCUUCCUCCCCAGAGGGUCAGCACUUUCCGCCCGCGCCCGUACAGCAUGGCCGACAGCAACAAGAUCACCUCAGAAUUGGUCUCUCCACCACCCUCCCCAACCAGGCUCAAUCCAUUUGCCCACGUCCGACUCAGAAGAACUGUCACCAACGAUCGCUCAGCUCCCAUCAUUGAGUGAGAGUUUUAUUCCCACAGUAGCAGCAAUCCUGUUCUCUGUGGUUUGUCAGUCCAUCAAACCUCAGGUUGAAUCCUGGAAAUCCUCUUUUGAAUUUACUUGUACUUUACUCUGGAUGUUCUUUUUUGCAAAUUAAUCAAAUACAAAUUGUGUUUCGUGUGCAGGAAUAGAACAUUUGUAAAGCAAAGUAUGAAAGGUUCAUGUGUCAAGACUAAUCUGUUAUAAAUAAGAUUACAGUCCAUUCAAUUUUGAAGUAGUUCAUAGGAAAAAAGUAGAAACAAGACCACUAUAAUAUCUGAAAAUUCAGUUUGAGUGGAAUGUGGGCAUUAAAGUAAAAUCUAGGCUAGUUUUUAUUAAACAGAAGUAAGGUGUUUGGCUGUACUUAGCUUAGUGUUUGAGAUCGACAUACUGUAUCUUGCUCGUCCAGAAUAACUAACAUUUUUAGGUUUUUCCUGGCCUAUGAAAGAUGCCUCUUAUUUCUCUUACUGUUUUACAGUGCAAUUAUUUCUCAAAGUAACCCUUAAUAUCUAGUGUUGUGUUGUUUUUGUGCCAUAUUCAGAAAAGUGGCAUUUGUCGGGCUGAUUUAGGGACUGGCUCCUAAUAGCAGGUUGUGAACUUUCAUCUUCACUGUAAUGAAGUGUUAUGGAAAGAGGACAGGCUCCUACUCUAAAAGUGCUAUUACGAUAUUAUAUUUUUUAGAAAAGCUGCCAGAUUGUUGCAUUUUCUUGGUUUCAUAAAGGUGAACUUUAAAAUGUAGUCAAAGUGUCCUUUCUAUUUUAAAACAUGGUUGAUUGGUUGAGAGAGACUUGGCAUAUUUUAAUGAAAUUGGCACACUGAGUGUAAUUUUUACCUUGAAAUGACUGAACAUGGGCAAUGCUGUUUGAGUGUUAUAUCAGUUAUAGCUUAUGUUCAUGUUAACACUACACAUUCUGCUGCUGUAAAGUUAUAUAUUGGUAUUUUAUGAAUGUAGAUUUUUGAAUUAGUUUAACUCUUUACCUGAACUCAAAAUACAUACAAAAAUUUGAUUAUUCAAAUGAUUGAUGAAUGAGACUUGUUAGUUUCUCAGUGGAAUACUUAUUUAAUACGGAGCAAGUCAUACAAAACAAAAAACAGAAAAGCUUAUGAGCUUCACACUGUGACAGUUAAUAGUUGAACAUUUGGACGGUGUUAUUAUUGAAAGAAGUGUUUUUCUUUAGAAAGUAGCAUGUUGUGGAGGGUUCAAAGUGUUAAGAAUGAGAGAUUUGCGUGCUUAGUCUUUGGAUUUGCUGUCUUCUUGAUUACUUUUCAGUCCCAAAUCUAAAGCUAGACAACAUCUAGGCUAGUUGAUUGUAGUCAUAAGUUUACCAGUCAGACUGAGCAGAAUCUUCAAGAGAGAUGUGAAAGCCAAGACAGACGAUAGGAUUAAGUUUUAAUGGGGGAACGUAUCCAUGAAAGUGAUGAAGAAAGCAUAUGGGAAGUUGACCAACGUCUGAGCAAGUGUUUAUGGUAAACUAGAGAUAUCCAAAGUAAUAUUCUGUAGCUCUGUAGUCGCCUCAAGAAAACUGUGGUUUAAAGGCGAAACUUUGUAUGUGUGCAAACUGAAAUGGUUUAUGUUCCUGUUGUAAUUGAGUUUCUGUGAUCUUUUAGCACCUUGAAGAUUCAAGAUAUCAAGAUAUCAACCACAAGGGUUGUAGUAAAUCAUUUCUAACAGCAUAUAUAUUACUUUGAGUAGUAUGACAUCAUUAAUAAAGGUGACAGUAAAAUGAUAGCGCUAAUGCUUAUUCAUGCUUGUAAAUAGUACUUAAAACAUUGAUUGUAUGACUUUUAUUUGACUUCUUUUUAUAAUGAUAUUUCACUUUGGUAGAACAUUUUGACUUUGUAGAAGCUGCAGAAGCAGUAAACCUCCAAUACUAGAACCCCGGCUUAUCUGUCUGUUGUGGUAUUCAAACUUUUCUCUCGAACUGUGAACAGGUGCACACAUUGAAAAUACAGAAUGACUUAUUAUUCACCUGCAUAGGUCUGAAUGUGUUUUAAACUGAGAUUAUUGAUUCAUCUAGACUCAAAUCUUUGAGUAACUGGUGGCUGUUGUAGUGGCCAGUAUUAAUGUUCCAUUAAUAAGUGAUACAGUGAAAAAUAUUAUAAAACAAAUAAUAUUGUGCAUUAAUGAAAAGUGAGCAAACAUUAGGGUGUAUAAAUGAUUGAUACAGAGAAAUAAUGUAGUAUAUGUACAACAUGGAAAUAUAUCUGAAGUGUGAAAUGUGCUGUAAGAAAUACAUGGGAAGUUUAUUAAAAAUAUAAAUCUUAUAAAUAUGUAACAAGAAAUGUAUGGCAAAAUGAACAGACACAUUUACAGCUCUACAGGAAAUUGUACGUGUGCACAGAAAGUAUAUGUGUAUCUGUCUAAAAGACACUUUGUCAGCUGUCCUCUUAUCACGACUGCAGAUGGAGGCACCGCAUGUACAGCAGAAAGCUAAUGUGCUCAAAUAUGUUUGUUACCGCUUGGUUGCAAAAACACUGCCACUAAAAACAUAAACUUAUCCAAAGUCCAAAACUCUUCUUCCAAAGUGAAGUAUUGUUUUAACCUUGCACACCCAUUUUAUAGUUUACAGUUCCUUGGUUCUGUAAAAAACAUGAAGCAACGUAAACAGACCGUCAGUCUGUUCUCUGAGUUGCAUUGACAUGAAAUCCUGGUGACUGCAGACGAUAUAUUAUUAUGAUGAUGAAUACUGCAGAGGAAGACAUUCUUUACCUGAAACACUGAAUAUUGACGUGUUGUGAAAUAAAAGUUCUAUGAAAGAAA